UGAGAGGUCACGUGGUUUACGUGUUGUGAAGGCUCAGCGUGCCGGUACCGUUUCGUAGGGGUUCUGUGGCGCAGUUCACAUUACAUUUACUCGCUUGUGAGAUGGUCGUCAAUUGGAGUUGCCAUCUUCACCACUCGGGAUGAAUCACCUGGUGCAACCACACUUUACAGAGACCCUUCGAACAUUCUCUAGUGUGGCCGCAAAUGAAGAAUGUUUUGCGGAAGCACAUGACGCAGUUGCUCAGAAGAAACACUUUCAGUGUGAGAAGCGUCGCAAAAAAAGUAGUGCAGUCUGGAAUUACGUUCGGCAUAUUGUGUUGUCUGUGAAGGAGGCAUCGAAUACAGAUAUAGUGGUCACACUGCAAGAACUUCUUCGGUGUGCACAGGAAUUGUCUGGUGGUGACUGCCUUGAGGAAGUGCUGCAUGCCGGAGCAUUGCAGCUGCUGGAAAUAUUUGAAGAAGCUGACGGGGGUCACGGCCAUGUCACCGAACAUCAACGCCAGCAGCUCAGAAGGGCUUUUGGCAGCUUUCCUGCCGAGCUGGCCAACAAGGCACGUGCCUCGGUGCAAAAAAUUUUCUCCUGGCUGACGCCGGAAAUGAAGCAGCUGCUGCUAGAGCAGAAGGACAGCCUGGAAGACUCGUUUCCUGAGGCCACGGAAUUCGCUCGCCGCAUCAAGGUGGGCAGUUUCCAGCAACUCAUGGAUGAUGAGGUGGAUGCCUGCUCCGAAGACGAACUGUUUGUCCAAGACCAGGCCUGCUUGGACGUCAGCUAUAAGGAGCCCACUGUUACCGAGCCAAGGAGCCGCUACGAUGGAGACUGGCUGAGGACUCAGGUGCAGAUGGCUCUUCUGAAAAGCAAUAAUUUGGGCCUCUCUGUGGAGGAACUGGUGAAUAUAGUGGCUCCAAUGCUGGACUCACACCGAACUGACAAGGAACUUGAAGGAGAGAUGUACGAAAUUUUUGGUGCAGAGCUUCUUGGUGUGAUUCAUGAUAUCCUCGAACACCGUAAAGAGCUGGUGAAGGCUAUGAACGCUGCUGCACUGAACGUGGUGGACACUUUUUCGGAUGUGGUUCCCAUUUACAAGAAUCAGCCUACAAAGCCUGCAUAUGGCUGCCAAGUUACUAUUCAGUCAGAACAAGAAAGGAAUUUGAUGAAAAAAAUUCAGAAGGAGGAAAAGAGGAUUGGUCGUGAUCGCAUGAAGAACGCCUCCAAAGAGCAAGAGGACAACACACAGUUGAAUGUUGAGUUUCUUCGUCGGCAGAAACAUGCUGAACUCAAUGCGGAACUCAUGACAGCCAAGGCUACACCCUUGCUGGCUAGAAGGCCAGCAGCACGUGUGGAGAGUUACCCAAAUGUUUACGACUCCUUUGCAGAGGCGAAGAAGUCAGCUGCCUUCAUAGCCGGUGCCAAGAUGACUCUCCCGAUUGACUGUAAAAUUACGUCCACUGGAAAAUAUGAAGAGGUGUCCAUACCACUGAGCAAGCCCCCGCCACCAAAUGUUGGCAACAACCUGGUUAAAAUAGCCAACUUGGACGAGGUCUGCCAAGCAGGUUUCCGUGGUGUGAAGACCUUGAACCGGAUACAGUCGAUUGUGUUUGACACUGUCUACAACACCAAUGAGAAUCUGCUCAUCUGUGCACCCACUGGUGCUGGCAAGACCAAUGUGGCCAUGCUGGCCAUUCUUCAUGAAGUGAAACAACACAUCAAUGGCCAGACGCUGAAUGGAAACUUCAAGAUUGUAUAUGUGGCUCCAAUGAAGGCUCUUGCAGCCGAGAUGGUUCGCAACUUCAGCAAGCGGCUGGAGACGUUGGGGGUGGUGGUUCGAGAAUUGACUGGCGACAUGCAGCUAAGCAAGGCUGAAAUAAUGAAGACACACAUGCUGGUGACAACACCUGAGAAGUGGGAUGUGGUCACACGAAAGUCCACUGGAGACAUUGCACUCAACCAGAUUGUCAAGCUGCUUAUUCUGGAUGAGGUCCACCUGCUUCACGGAGACCGAGGCCCCGUCCUGGAGGCACUUGUCGCACGCACGUUGAGACAGGUGGAAUCGUCCCAAACAAUGAUUCGCAUUGUUGGGCUCUCAGCAACGCUGCCCAACUAUGAGGAUGUGGCCCACUUUCUGCGUGUCAAUCCACGUCAGGGCUUGUUCUACUUUGACAACCGAUUUCGCCCUGUUCCCCUGGGGCAGACUUUUGUUGGCGUAAAGGCCACAUCACCUUUACAGCAACUGACUGACAUGGAUGAAGUCUGCUUUGAAAAGGUCUACUCGGUCAUCCAGAAGGGCUACCAGGUCAUGGUGUUUGUUCACUCUCGAAACUCGACUGUUAAGACUGCCCGUACACUGAGAGACAUGGCCCAGCAGCAAGGAAAGCUUCCCAAGUUUCAGGUCCAGCAGAGUGCUCAGCAUGCAGCUGCAGAGAAGCAAAUGGCGAGCUCUCGGAAUAGUGCGUUGAGGGACCUUUUCCCAUAUGGCUUUUCGGUGCACCAUGCAGGCAUGCUGCGUAGUGAUCGAAACCUGGUUGAAAAACUGUUCAGUGAUGGCCUCAUCAACGUCCUCGUGUGCACCUCUACACUGGCUUGGGGUGUAAACCUCCCAGCUCAUGCUGUUGUCAUCAAGGGGACGGACAUCUAUGACUCGAAGCAUGGCACCUUUGUGGACCUGGACAUCCUAGACGUAAUGCAGAUCUUCGGCCGGGCAGGCCGGCCCCAAUUCGAUAAGGAGGGCCAUGGCACCAUUAUAACGACACAUGCCAAGCUCAACAAGUACCUGUCGCUGCUCACCUGCCAGUUUCCUAUUGAGAGCAACUUUCACCAGAAUCUGGUGGACAAUCUCAAUGCUGAGGUCUCGCUGGGAACAGUUUCCACUGUCAGUGAAGCUGUUGAGUGGCUCAGCUACACUUAUCUCUUCGUGCGCAUGCGAAGAAACCCUCUGGUUUAUGGGCUAAAAGGCACUGCAUUGAUGGAGGACCCGACCCUGGCCAACUACCGGAGAGAGCUGGUCAUCCAUGCUGCCAAGGAGCUAGACAAGGCGCGAAUGAUUCGCUUUGAGCCACGCUCAGAGAGCCUUGACUCGACCAAUUUGGGUCGCACGGCCAGCCACUUCUACAUCAAGCAUGCCACCAUGGAGCGCUUCAACGAGAUCAUGGAGCGACGCACUCUAACUGAGGCUGACGCCCUGGCUGCCGUCUCUAAAGCCCAGGAAUUCGACCAGCUGCAGGUGCGAGAGGAUGAGCUGGAGGAGCUUGACUUCCUCAUGGACAACAGCUGCAAGGUGUUCGUGAAAGGGGGAAGUGAAAACUCCUAUGGCAAAGUGAACAUUCUGCUGCAGAACUACAUCUCUCGUUGCCCUGUUGAGACCUUCUCCCUGGUCUCCGACCAGGCUUACAUUGUGCAGAAUGCCACCCGUAUUCUUCGCGCCCUCUUCGACAUGGUGCUCCGGGCAGGUGGGGCCACCAUGGCUGGCCGCAUGCUCACCCUGUGCAAGGUGGUCGAGAGACAGACGUGGAACUUUGAGACACCUCUGAGGCAGUUCUCCGAGCUUGGCUUUAACGUGCUAAAGAACAUAGAGGAGAAAAACUUAAGCCUGGAGCAGAUUAGAGACCUCGGCUGCAAGGACAUUGGCAUGAUUGUGCACAAUGGACGGGCUGGCACAAUGGUGGAACAGUUGGCCCGACAGAUACCACAGGUUGUGGUGGUGCCCAAGAUUCAACCAAUCACCCGCACAGUGCUGAAGGUGCACCUGGACAUCACUGCUGACUUUCGAUGGUGUGACCGGUAUCACAAAGGGGCGGAGGCUUUCUGGAUCUGGGUGGAGGACCCAAACUCUGAUGAGAUUUACCACUACGAAUACUUCAUCCUCACAAAGCACCAGGUGAUCAAGCGGGAGAGCCAGAAUGUGGUGUUUACCAUUCCCAUCUCGGAGCCACUGCCACCACAGUAUUUGGUACGUGUGGACUCGGACUACUGGCUUGGCUCCAGCCAGACCAUCCCCCUCACUUUCCAGCACCUCAUUCUGCCUGAACGCCACCCACCUCACACGGAGCUGCUUGAUCUGCAGCCACUGCCUGUGUCAGCCCUGUGCAACACCACCUACGAGCUGCUGUUUCGCUUCAGCCACCUGAACCCGAUCCAGACUCAGAUAUUCCACACGCUCUACCACACGGACCACAAUGUGCUCCUGGGGGCUCCCACUGGUUCGGGAAAGACCAUUGCUGCCGAGAUCGCCAUGUUCCGCUCCUUCAACAUUUAUCCAGGAUCAAAGAUUGUGUACAUUGCGCCUCUGAAGGCCUUGGUUCGGGAGCGGAUUGAGGAUUGGAAGAUUCGGCUCGAGGAGAAGCUGGGAAAGCGCGUGGCCGAGCUGACCGGGGACGUCACCCCGGACUUCCGCAUGAUCACCUCGGCAGAUGUGAUUGUGACGACACCAGAAAAGUGGGAUGGAAUCAGCAGGAGCUGGCACACCAGGGGAUACGUCCAGCAGGUGUCACUCAUCAUCAUCGACGAAAUCCACUUGCUGGGUGAGGGCCGAGGACCUGUGCUGGAAGUGAUAGUGUCGCGGGCCAACUACAUCAGUUCCUACACUAGCCGCAAGGUUCGCAUCAUUGGACUCUCUACCGCCUUGGCAAAUGCCAGAGACCUGGCCGAUUGGCUGGGCAUUGGAGAAGUUGGCCUGUACAACUUCAAGCCUGCUGUGCGGCCUGUGCCUCUUGAGGUUCAUGUGUCGGGCUUCCCAGGGAAGCACUACUGUCCCCGCAUGGCCCUCAUGAACAAGCCUACAUACAGGGCUAUCCAGCAGCAUUCCCCUGACAAGCCUGUGCUGAUCUUCGUCUCAUCACGGCGACAGACACGCCUCACUGCUCUCGACCUGAUUGCAUUCCUCGCUGCUGAGGACAACCCACGGCAGUGGCUGCACAUGCCUGAUCACAAGAUGGACUCUGUGAUCCAGGGCGUACAUGACCAAAACCUCAAACUUGCCCUGGCCUUUGGCAUUGGUCUUCACCAUGCAGGCCUGCAGGAGAAGGACAGAAGAAUUGUCGAGGAGUUGUUUGUGAACCAGAGGAUUCAGGUUCUGAUAGCCACAGCGACCUUGGCUUGGGGUGUCAACUUCCCGGCCCAUCUGGUUGUUGUAAAAGGCACCGAGUACUAUGAUGCCAAGGCUUCACGCUAUGUGGACUUUCCGAUCACUGAUGUCUUGCAAAUGAUUGGUCGAGCUGGCAGACCACAGUUUGAUGAUCAAGGUGUGGCAGUGGUGUUGGUUCACGACCUCAAGAAAAAGUUCUACAACAAGUUCCUCUACGAGCCAUUCCCAGUGGAGUCCAGCUUGAUUGAUGUUUUGCCUGACCAUGUGAAUGCCGAAGUGGUUGCUGGAACCAUCAGAUCUACACAAGACUGCUUGGACUAUAUGACAUGGACAUACUUCUACCGAAGACUCCUGCAAAAUCCAACAUACUAUGGUCUCGAGAAAGUAGAGCCCAAGCUAAUGAGCAGUUUCCUGUCAAAUCUUGUCAGCAAGUCGGUGCGCACAUUGCAAGACUCCUAUUGCCUAGAGGUGGACUCGGACGAGCGCACACUGAUCUCAACUGCUGUGGGCAAGAUUGCAUCCUUCUACUACUUGAGCCAUGAGACCAUGCGCCUUCUCUAUGACCAACUCAGUGUUGAUGCGUCCAUUGAGAAGAUACUCUACCUUCUCACCCAAGUCAAAGAGUACUCUGAGCUUCCUGUGCGGCACAAUGAGGACCUCAUCAAUGGGGAUCUUGCCAAGGCUUGCCCGAUACCGGUAGACUCCCUGGACAGCCCACACACCAAGGCACACCUACUUUUCCAGGCACAUUUCUCACGGUUGCAGCUGCCGAGCUCGGACUACAUCACCGACCUCAAGUCGGUCCUGGACCAAGCCAUCCGCAUCCUGCAGGCCAUUAUUGACAUAGUAGCCAACCAAGGAUGGCUGGCUCCUGCACUGUCUGGCAUUGUGCUGCUCCAGAUGAUCAUCCAAGCUCGCUGGCACUCUGAAAACACGCUGCUCACUCUGCCACUUGUUGACAACUCUGUGCUAGAAGACUUUGCGUCUGUGUCAGUCCACUCACUGCCAGAGGCCAUGCACCUGGUGGCCCAUUCACCAAAGGUCCUGGAAAAGGCUUUGCAGGGAAGGCUGAAGGAACGAGGAUUUCAACAGGUGAGGGAUGCACUGCUGAAACUUCCUAGCCAGAGUGUCCGGAUCAGCAUUCAAGGAUUGUCCUCUUCAACUUCCAAGGAGUGGAUGCAGGUCAAGCUGCAGCCUCUUCAGGGUCCCGUGAUGGACAGCCAUUGGCUGCCGGUUAGUGCUGGCAGCGAGUACAUGCUGCUGGUGCAGGUGAGCCACCGGGACCAGCGGCACUCGGACGGCCGAGCAGGCUCCAGUGUACAGGCCCUGGCUCCUCAUUACCCGAAGCCUAAAGACGAGUCCUGGUUCCUGGUGCUGGGGGACCGCGAGCGCAAAGAGCUUGUUGCCCUCAAGCGCACCGGCAGCAUGCGGGCCUCCUGCCGACAUCACCUCACCUUUCGAGUGCCCCAAGAAGUUGGGCGAGUCAUUUACACCCUGUUCUUGCUGAGUGAUUCGUACUUGGGGCUGGACCAGCAGUACUAUGUGUACCUGGACGUGGAGCCAGCAGGCAGCAAGGCAUAGCUUUUGUCAAUUGCAUGUUUCGCCGACAAUAAAUAUAUUGCAACUUUGAGCUGUA